AUGCUCACGUCGUGGGCCCAUUCUGCACAGAAAAAUUAUGUAUAUGUUCCAGCUUAUAAACCACCUUUUCCAUUCCCGUCUCGAGCUAAUCUCAGUCCACUGGAAAGAGAACAUUUGGAGUUUAUCAAGCAAGUAAAGGGUAUUCCGAUUAAUACUCCUUUUAUUAAUUCGCUUUCAAAAAUUCCAGCAUAUGCGAAGCUCCUACAAGAUCUUGUAGACACCCGACAACAGUUGAAGAAGAAUUCUAAGGUUAUUCUUAGUGAACAAAGUUCAAGAGUUGUAUUGGGAGAGCUGCCUAAGAAGAUGGGAGAUCCAGGCCGCCUCACUUUUCCAUGUGAGUUUGGAAACAAUUUGAAGACUUAUGAUUUAGCUGAUUCUGGGGCUAGCAUAAAUUUAAUGUCGUACUCCUUCUAUCAAAAGCUGAACAUUCAGAAAAUGAAGACUACAAAGAUGACCAUCCACAUGGCCAAUUGUUCGGUAACGCAACUAAGAGGAAUUGUAGAAGACAUCCUUGUUAAAAAUGGGAGAUUCAUUUUCCCUGUUGACUUUGUUAUUUUGGAUAUGAAGGAGGAUGCUAAUGUCCCAAUCAUUCUUGGUCGCCCCUUCCUAAAUACUGUUGGUGCUUUGGUGGAUGUUCGUGAAGUGUUCAAUAUUGAUGAAGACAAUGAACUUGAAGAAUUAGAAAAACUCAUGGAGGAAAUCAAGACACUUAAUCAAAUCAAACGCACUAAACCCAGAGCAUCCAUUUCGUUUCUCGUUGAAGUCAUUGCUUACACAAAACCAACAUCUUGGGUAAGUAAGGAAAGUGAUGACAUGUCCAGUGAUGAAGAGGAGGUUACAUCAAAGGUGACUAGCCCAGUGGUGAAGGAGGAGGAGGAUAUUAUGAAGCUUAAAAAUGAUGAAAAAUUGAAGACUCAAGGGAUCAAACGCAAGCUCGAUGGAAACGAAGUCAAGGCUAAAAAGGAGAAUUCUAAAAAGGCAUAUAUUCGUCGAGUGCAAUCUUACAAGAGGCGUUUCAAGGAGAAGAAGAUCCUGGUGGUGGACUCAUUUGAAGAUUCAACGUAG